AUAUAAAAAAUGAGUUCAAAGUUCAAAAUAAAAUAAUGAAUUAGUUCUCUUGUCCUAGCGUUUGCUUGUUGAUUCCCCAAACUACCCUUCUACAACUUUCCAAAUUCCAAACUGAGCCUUCUUUUUUUAUUUCUGAAUCCCCAAAUCUCAGCUUUAAUCGAAAAUCUCCGAUCACAACAUAAUUCCAGCUCCACCGCUAACGACGGCGCCACCCACUGCGCAGGUUAGCUCGAAGACGGAUAAAUCCACAGAUUAUAUCUCAUUUAGGUUCUCCUAUUUCCCUUGAUCUAAUUUCCAUUCAUUCUGAUUUGCAAUCUCAGAAUUUUUCGCGUGAUUUAGUAUGAUCGGUUGAUUUAGUCUUCCUUUGAAUCCGAUCUAGUUUUUCUGUCAUUUCAAUUUCAAUUGUCGGAUCGUUUAUCGAGAGGUAGAAUAAAAUCAUGAAUUCGAGCUACGGGAAAUCGAACAACAAAUCGGGCUCUGUAAACGCCUUCGAUUUCGAUCUCGGGCUGGGUUCGGGCCGGUCGCGACCUAUGAAUGAUAAGAGGAAUCAGACGCCGUCGUAUUCGCCAGCUACGUAUGCAUAUUCGUCAGCUCAACAGAAGCCGACUACCGCCUCGUCGUCCUGGACCCAUCAACCCGUAUUGCCAGCUCAAUCGGGCCCGACGUCUAUGGUGGGAGAUAUUUUCGGGAAGAGCUGGAACUCCCCUGCCCCUCCGAGUUCCAGUGCAUCCGUUGUUGGCGUUGUGAAUGGUAAGAACCCGAAUCUGUUUAGUGAUUUGGUGAACUCAGCAAUUGGAGGGAACAAGAGUAGCAGCAAUGUGCCACUGAAAAACACGGCUCCUGCCCCGAGCCAGAACACGUUCUCGAUGGGCUCUGUGGGGAAUUCGUUGCCAAAAACUAGUUAUUCGGUCGGUGGGGCUGCUGGUGCAGGAUCUAAUGUCAGUAGUAGUGGUGGUAAUGUGAACUAUGGUGGCAGUUAUAGCAAGAGUUCAAGUCUUGGUGGUGGCAAUUCGAAUUUGGGUGGUGGUAGCGUUAGAAGUCCAAAUAUUGGGGUUCCAUCAAUGAAAAGUAUGGCAGGGAGUGGAGUAGGAGGUGUGGGGAUGGGUUCGAGUAAGGACCCUUUUGGAUCUUUGGUUGAUUUCGGGUCUAAGUCGUCUGCUGGUAUGAAGUCAGCAAGUAAAGCAAGUGAGAAGAGUGGUUUUGGGGAUGAUUUGUUUGGUGGCUUUCAAAAUGCCACUUCGAAUUCAUCAGGUGCUGCUUUUCCCACAAGUAACAAUGAUGAUCCAUUUGGUGAUUCAUUUGGAAAUUUCCAAAAUGCCUCUUCAAAAAUGAGUGGAAGUUCAGUUUCGUCUGGUGCCUUUUCCACUAAUAACAGUGAUCCGUUGGGCGAUUCAUUUGGGAAUUUUCAGAACGCCACUUCUAAAACUGGUGGAUCCUCAUUUUCAUCGGGUGCUUUUCCCACUAGUAACAAUGAUCCAUUGGGUGAUUUUGGGUUUUCUAGUAGUGUAUCCACCAGUCAGAGUCAGCCGCAAAAACAGUCCUCAGGAGCUAAUGGCUUUGAUGUGUUAUUUUCUUCGUCUGGUGGUGGAGGGACCGGUGGGGCUGAAGGAUUUACUAGCCAGCAGUUCUCGGAGGGUGAUGAUUGGGGAAUAAAUGAAGAGUUUGGAGGAAGCGAUUCAGGGGGUACGACUGAGCUUGAGGGCCUUCCUCCUCCCCCUGCAGGUGUUUCUGCCUCCUCUGCCAAGAAUAAGGGUAUGGAAAAUUACAAGAAUGGCCAAUUUGCUGAUGCUAUAAAAUGGUUGUCUUGGGCCGUUGUUCUUCUUGAGAAGGCUGGUGAUGAUGAUGGCACGACGGAUGUGUUAGUCAACAGGGCUUCGUGUUACAAGGAAGUCGGAGAGUAUAAGAAGGCUGUAGCUGACUGUACAAAGGUGCUUGAACGCGAAGGGAAAAAUGUGUCCGUUCUAGUCCAGCGUGCCCUUCUUUAUGAGAGCAUGGAGAAAUACAAGCUUGGAGCCGAAGAUCUCAGAACUGUCAUGAAUCUUGAUCCUGGUAAUAGAGUUGCAAGAAGUACGAUCCAUCGCCUCACCAAGAUGGCGGGAUAGAGGUUUUUUUGUUACAUCUCGUAUUUCACUUUGUCACAGUCGUCGUAUAUGAAAGAGCAUGCGGGAGAAGCAUUUUUACCGUAAGAGUGUUUGAACUAUUCAUAAGUUUUCUUAUUUCAUUUUCCCCCUCUGAAAUGUGAUGAUAUUACUAUAGUCCAUGAAACCAAAGCUUGUAAACUUUUUUCUUUCUUUUUCUUUUUAAAGUUCAUAUUAAGUGAUUUUGUUACUGAUUGAUCAUAUAUUCUGGUCUCGUUUUGUACGAUUUCUAAUUUCAUCAAUUAUUGAGAUUUGUGAUGAGUUUUUUCA